AUGCCAAUCACCUCACAUCUUCAACAUUUGAUUGUACAGUGUUCCGGUAACGUUGGUGGCAUGAAAGUACCGUCGGCAAAGUUGGAAGUGGACGAUAAACCUAGUUUCCUAAAACGACGCGUCUUCCCAUAUGGUCAACCGGAAGUUGUCCUGAAAGCAUUACAGAAAAUGGAGCAGGAUGGUUUAAUAAACAAAGUUGAAUCCAGUGCCUGGGCUACCCCGAUUGUCGUGGCGAUGAAAGUUGAUGGUAGGACACCACGGAUCUGUGUAGAUUAUCGUCUGAAGUUGAAUCCCAGAUUGCGGAUAUGCGCAGUGACCACCAUGGAACUAGCGGAUUUCAUGAAGUCAUUGCAUGGGUGCCAGUAUUUUUCGAAGAUCGAUUUAGCGGACGCGUACCUACAGAUUUCACUCGAUGUCGAAUCUCGCUACUUUACAACAAUCAACACGCCGUGGGGAAUGUAUCAGAACAAUUUUCUCCCAUUUGGAUUGCAUGUGUCGUCUGGCCUCUUUCAAUCGGCAAUAGACAGUGUAAUCAAAGGACUCGACGGUGUGCUUGCAUAUCAAGAUGACGUCCUCGUUUUCGGCCUUAAUAAGAAAGAACACGAUGCCCGCCUGACGCAGCUACUUGAACGAUUUGCCGCCAGAAACGUGGCUAUCAAGCCGUCCAAAUGUGUGUUUGGAGUGAGUGAGUUGGAGUUUCUAGGAUUUACAGUUGAAUCCCGUGGAUACCGUCCCGAUCAGACACGUUUCAAACCAUUGACUAAUAUCGAAUCUCCAAAGGAUCAAACGCAUUUGAGAUCCGCGAUGGGAUGCCUACAGUACUAUUCCCGAUUUAUCCCGAACUUUGUUACAAGGGCGCAGCUACUUUUCUGUGAUCAGUGUUCAGACGCGUGGGAAUGGUCGGUGGAGUGUGAAGAUAUCUUACGUGGUUUAAUUCGCUGUGUUACUGAUCGUCCUGUUCUCGCCCCGUUUUCACCUUCAAAACCGACUACACUCAUCCCCGAAGCGUCGGAAUGA